AUAUAAAAUAUCAUACAAUCGAAAAUAUGAGCACAAAAUUUAUAUUUAUUGAAUCAAUGAACAUUCUAAGUACAAUACCUCAGUAUCAUAUAUUACUAGGAACUUUUUUGAUUUUAUGGCUUAUUUGGUUUAUUAGUAAAAGAUAUUUCAAUAGUCAUGAAAGAGCAUUAAAUGAAGAUGAAGUUGAAAAAAAACUUGCAGAAUGGAAUCCUGAACCCCUGAUAAACAAUCCACAAACAAAUCAUUUAUCAUUAAAUCCGAGAUGUGUAACAUCUAGAGCUGGUAAAAGAAUAGUAGUAGAUGGUAAAGAUUGUUUGAAUUUAGGUACACACAAUUACCUAGGUUUAAUUGAAAACAAUGAAAUAGAAAAAGAUGCAAUAGCAGCAAUAAGAAAAUAUGGAGUAGGUUCUUGUGGUCCACGUGGAUUUUAUGGUACUGUUGAUGUUCAUCUUGAGUUAGAAGAACGUUUAGCAAAUUAUACAGAUACUGAAGAAGCAGUUGUAUAUUCAUAUGGAUUUAGUACAAUUGCAUCUGCAAUUGCAGCAUAUUGUAAGCGCAAAGAUCUUGUCUUUGUAGAUGAAAGAGUAAAUUUUGCUAUACAAAAAGGAUUAGAUGCUACUAAAGCUAAUAUUAAUUAUUUUAAACAUAAUGAUGUGAAUGAUCUUUAUGAUUUAUUGUCUAAACAAGAAAAGCUUGAUGAACAAAAUCCUAAAAAGGCAGCUAAAACUAAACGUUUUUUAAUAGUUGAGGGUAUUUAUAUGAAUACUGGAAAUAUAUGUCCAUUACCAGAGUUACUUUCAUUAUGUAGAAAAUAUAAAUUAAGAAUAUUUAUUGAUGAAUCAAUAUCAUUUGGAACUCUUGGUGAACAUGGGAAAGGUAUUACUGAACACUUUGGUAUUCCUAGACAUGAAAUUGAUAUGAUUAUGGGAUCCUUAGAUUGGGCCAUGGGAUCUAUUGGAGGCUUUUGUGUAGGUACAUCAUUUGUUAUUGAACAUCAACGCUUAUCUGGACUUGGAUAUUGCUUUUCUGCAUCUUUACCACCUCUCUUAACAUCUGCUGCUAUUACUUCUUUAGAUAUUAUGAAAAAUAAUCCACAGAUAUUUAAAUCAUUAAAGAAUAAUUGUAUAGCUAUAAAUAAUGGGCUUCAAAAUAUUCAUUGCUUAGAAUGUUUAAGCUUUCCAGAAUCCCCAGUAAAACAUGUAUAUUUAAAAAAUAGAAUGGACCGUACUACAGAAGAAGAAGUACUUUCUAAAAUCUCUAACAGAUGUAUUGAAAAUAAUUUAGCAAUUAUAACACCUGUUUAUUUAGAAGCAGAAAAAAAUUUACCUAGGCCUAGUCUUAGGCUUUGCAUUUCUACACUUCUCAACAAAAAUGAUAUUGAUUUUGCAUUGAACAUAUUAAAAAAUUGUGCUGAAGAAAUUCUAUCAGUAUAA